GCGAUUCUCCUGCAUCAAAUACUUCUCCAGAAACAACAAUGAUCCCAGACUUCUCAGAAACUACUAGUUGUGGAACUAGUUCACCUGAAUCAACAUCCUCUUCAAGCGAUUCUUCUGCAUCAAAUACUUCUCCAGAAACAACAGGGAUUCCAGACUUCUCAGAAACUACAAGUUGUGGAACAAGUUCACCUGAAUCAACAUCCUCUUCAAGCGAUUCUCCUGCAUCAAAUACUUCUCCAGAAACAACAAUGAUACCAGACUUCUCAGAAACUACAAGUUCUGGAACUAGUUCACAUGAAUCAACAUCCUCUUCAAGCGAUUCUUCUGCAUCAAAUACUUCUCCAGAAACAACAAUGAUACCAGACUUCUCAGAAACUACAAGUUCUGGAACUAGUUCACAUGAAUCAACAUCCUCUUCAAGCGAUUCUUCUGCAUCAAAUACUUCUCCAGAAACAACAAUGAUACCAGACUUCACAGGAACUACAAGUUCAUCUUCUUUUCAAACUAGUUCAUCUGAAUCAUCAACUACCUCUUCAACUGAUUCCCUAAGCUGGGCAACAACAGUGGGCUCAGCUGCUAAUGCAACUACAGACUCUGGAAGCAGUUUAGAAAGUAGUUCCUCCGCUAAAGACACGACUGAGGACUCUGAAGAGAUAUCUAUAUUGACCACAAUAAUUGGAUCUUCUUCGGAUCCCCCGGACAGCACGACGACACCUUGGACAACAACUGAUUCAGGCUCUACAAAAUAUUGUAGAAUUGUUUGCGACUGAAAUGCGAUCUUGAUUUUGAUUUUUUUCAGAUUCCGAAGGGAACUUCGACGAAGAUGUCUUCUAUCCAUAAUCUUAAAUACUUGUUUUCUAUAAUUUACCUGGUGUGUGGUCUCAAAUAAAUGUUAUGGCAAAAUAUUUAAUUUUAA